AUGCCACUCUCCACGGGUUCCAUCGAUUCUGGUUUCUUCGGGUGUACAACUGAUGAUUCUUCGAAAAAGGGAGAAGAUCUUCUCAAAAUGGCUCCACUUUCAAUGACCGACGAAGAAGAAACGUUGUCUACCUCAUCGUCGGGAUUCUCCCAAAACUCUGCUCCAGUUGGAGAUUCGUCGUCUUCUUCUGGUCCACCAUCCAUUUAUUUUUCGAUGAGUUCUGGUCUAUCCCCCAGAAAACAUAGAACUCGUGUACGACGUUCUAAUCGAAAAUUGAAACGCCCCCCUCGUCAGAUUUCUCCAAGAUCUGACUCACCUCCGUCCCAUUCUGAUUCUCCUUCUGCUGGAACAUCGUCUUGCUGCUUAUCAGUUGCUGGAAGUAGCAGUAGCUCUGUAUCAUCUCCAACUACCUCUGUGAGAACUUCGAUCGAUGAACUUGCUCUCCGCCUUUAUUUCUACUUUAAAUCCCUACUGCUAGCUAUAAAUCGUCAGAAGUCGAUAUGCGAAAACAUUGCGUAUCUUGUGAAAGACUUUGAUGCUCGAUGGGGUAAUUCUGGUGUUCGAAAGAAGCCGUGUGAUCCUAAAGGAUGUUUGGCUCCGAUCUAUUCGUCAGAUAGAAAUGGAAAACUGGUUCAUCCGGCAAAGUUUCCAUUGUGCUGGGCUGUUCCUCAACCGGCAAUCUUCUAUCAGCUGAUGGCUAUUGAUGUUCUGGAAUACAUCAAGUUUUUGGAAGGAGUGUCUCCACAAGUGAAAACGAAACAACACCCCUCUGGACCACCAAUUCACAAUGAAAGAGAAGCAUCGCUGUCGAUGGAAGCUCUGAAAGCACUUCAAUAUCAGCAACAGCAACAUUGGCAGCAACAACUAGCACGUGGCGCUGUCUUUCCAUUUCAUCCGCUGGUGGCGAUCAACUUCGAAAAUCAGAUGAGAUCAAUGAAGAAUCGUGAUCAAAUGUACCAACAUCACGUUAGUCUCCAAAAGCUGCCGUCUUCCGAUGGAGGAGAAUCACCGGCUGGAAAACGUGACUCUUCAUUCGAUUCUCAAUCGAGCAGUGAAGCUGAUCCAGAUGCACUUCCAAGUAUUAUGAGUAAACUGGAUGAUGAUGUUUCUGGAGCUGAUCUCGAUAAAACGCCGUCAACAGAAAAGAAAGAUAAUAGCAGACGGUCGAGGAAGAGUGACACGAAGAAGCAGAAUGAAGGAGACAAGUCACCGGCAGGUUGGUUUCAGGGACAAAAGUGUUAUGGGAUGGGUUGA